CCCUGUCAUAUAACUUUCUUCUUCAGCUCUUCUCUUCUCUCACUUCUCAACGACAUUUUUGUUUCCCUACUCCACCAUGAAAAGAGAGAGAGAGAGAGCUAAGCUUGGAAAUGACAACAUUGUAAGAACAUUUCACUACAAGACUCGAUCUUCUAGCCGCCGCCAUGGAAUCGCUAACACCGAUGAUAGAGUCGAAACCAGCGACUCAAUCGUGGAAUCAAUAUGACCGGAGCACCAACUCCGAUCUGCUUCCAAUUGAUCUCAUAAUGGAGAUUCUCAAACACUUACCAGUCAAAACACUAGCAAGGUUCUUCUCCGUAUCGAAGCUAUGGACAUCCAUCAUCCACGGGAGAGAGUUCAUGAAAUUGUUCCUCACUGCCAAACCAGAUCAUCUCUUCUUCACCUUCAGGGGUGACAAAGAAAAUUAUUUCCUAUUCUCAUCGCGGCUUCAGACCUCUGUAGCUACUUAUCAUAUGAUGCAUCCUGCAUACAAAUACACAUUCAAAUUAUCCUUUGUUCACAGUUUGAUUUGCUAUGGAACUUCUUCUGCUUCCCAACUUGUGGUGUACGAUCCCAUCUCAAGGAGAUGACAAUUCGUGGAGGACGAUUGAAGAAGAUACUACCCUCACUCCUUUUUCCUAUCUGUGGCCAGAUUUGUAUUAAUAGUGUUUUGUAUUAUCAAGCUUAGUAUUAUGCUGACAUUAAUCUCAAGGAGACUGUUGUCAUGAGUUUUGAUGUGAACUCUGAGUAGUUUCAUCUUGUCAGAAGACCUGGUGAUGGUGACAAUUCUCCGCUUGACUGUUAUUCAACUAGGAUAAUAAUGUACAAGGGGAAGCUAGCUAUGGUGUCCAAGGAUAUCUCAGAUGAUAGUAGUAUGGUUUUGUGGGUUCUAGAGGAUGUUGUGGAACAUGAAUGGAUUAAGAUCAUUUUUUGCCUAGUUCAUUUUUUGCCUUUUAUGUUCUCUAUUAUAUCCUAAAGGAAAUAGUGUGAGGAAAGUUGUGAUAAUCACAAACCAUAAGCUGUUUUGUUGCAAGAAACCAUCUUGUUGUACGCUAUCCAAUCUCUCUGCUACUCCGAUUGAUAGUCUUUUUUUUCUGUGAGAAUCAAUCAUGGCCUUCAGCUCUUCUAAUGAAUCGCCCCCAAAAAAAAAAACUCUCCCUCGAGCUAAAACCUAGAACUCCGGCAAUAUCAAUUUGACAGCGCCGCAACCACCAUGGAGUCAUCGUCAGCUGCUCUCCUGCUUUCGUAGGUGAGCCUCAUCUCUUCCCUCAUCCAAUGGGUCGGCGAAAGAAAUUUUCUUCAGCUUCACUUUCCAUCGACAUCUCCGCUCCAGACCCACGAUGGCCGUAUCUACACAGCUGAGCCCAUUGAACCGGUGGUGAUUAUCAAUCUGACAGAUGUUGUUGCUCUAGAAUUGUCGCCGGAAGAGUCCCAGUCUCGUCCAGACUCAUGCUUGCCAUAGAUUCAAGAACCAGUAAAAAAAGAUUUGGAGCCUUUGGCGGUUCUGUCCUCCUUUUUCACCGUCUCCACAAGGAGCUUGGGCUAAACCUUUAAUGAUGCAUUCUCAACCAGAAACGUCAUUGAUCUCUUCUGAAAAUGUACCCACUAAGUGUUGGCUGUCUUUGAAGGAAUCAACACAAGUCCAAGUUAAAAGGCAGCUAGGGAAUGAGAAGCUUGUUCGCUCUUUUAAGAACGUGUUGAAGGGUUCUUAAACGCUGGUGGACAGAAUGGAGGAUGAUCUCAGGUUCCCUUGGGCAGCUAAGAUGAAUCCAGCUUCACAAAAUCUCUACAGAGCGAUUGAGCCAGAGUACUUACCGGAUAAAGGUAACUAUCCCGCAACAUGUUUUGUUAAAAGGUCUAGAGAAUCAGAAAGAGUAUAUUCUAGGGCAGUUCUAUAGAUGUUUGCCUCCACCUGGUUACAUAUCUAUGUGGUCUUCAACAAGAUAUGGGGAAGUAAAUGCAUAAUCACAAUUAAGAAAUUAGCAGAUUCAAACUAUCUCUUUCACAUUCCAGAUGAAUCAACUAGGUCUUGGGUUCUUCAGAGGGGUCUUUGGCACGUUGAUAAUUGUUUGAUGUCUGUAGCUUCUUAGACUCCAGAAGCAUUUUUAGCUAUCCCCAAAAUCAAAACUAUUCCUGUUUGGGUGACUUUAAAAAAGAUACCCAACAUUCUCUACUCAAUUCAUGAUAUUAGUCAUAUAGCAAAGCAUUGCCAUCUACGAUUGCUGCUGGUGAUACAAAUGGGUUUAUCUCUAUGGUGGAGGUAGAGUACGUUUGGUUACCCACUAAUUGUAAGAAUUGUGGGCAGUUGGGUCAUAAUGAAAAGCGUUGCUUACAGUCUACAUCAGGUCAUCAAGCGGAUGUAGCUACAAUCAUAGAGUCCUCUAUUGAUAAGGUUGCAGAGCUUGGUAAUGUAAAUGCUCCAGGCCCCAUUCAAGUUGUUACAAAUCAGCUUACUGCUCCUAUUCAAAUCUCAAGCAUUGAGGUACCGAUUACUAAUGUUUCUCUCUUACAUGUGGGAGAACCAAUUGCAACAAAACAAGCUUCAUCUGCUAUAGUAGAAGAACACAUUCUGCCAGCAACUGUCUCAGCCUCUGAGAAUAUAUCUAUUUCUAAAACUGUUCCAGCUACCCCUUUAUCUAUUGAGUCUCCUAUUCAGGAAACUGCACAACUUUCUUCAGCCAUAUCUCAUGCUACUUUCCAAGGGGGGAGUAGUAAACAAGCUGAGAUUAAGCUUGGUUCCAAUCAGUUUUCCUCAUUAGGUUCUUCCGAAGGAGAAGAAGAUUUGUCGGAAUCAGAAUUGGAUAACGAAACUGAGCCGAUAGAUCUAAUGACUCCUACAGAUAAAAGAAUCCUUCUGGAACGACCGGUUAAACCGUCAACAGUGUUAAAGGAAACUCUUACUCGCUCAGGUCGUGGAAGGGGCAGAGGUCGUGGAAAACGAGGUGGCCGUGGCUAGUAGUUUCCAAUAUUCUCAAGGUUAAGUCAAUAAGAGGAAGUUUGACUUUAUUUAUGCAUCGUAUGUACCCUAUCUUUCAAAUACUUUGAUUAUGUUUGUAAUAUGUACCGUGUGUGUUCAGCUCACAGCNNNNUUUUAAAAAAAAAAAAAAAAGUACAAAAAAAAAAGAUUGGAGUAACGGUAUAUUGACUCUCAUAAAAAUGUAAUUACAAAU